AUGGACUUUGCCGCCCCUGCCUGGCAACCAUGGCUCCCCAAAACCCAGAUGGACAGACUCGACCGCGCCCAGAACCAGGCCCUCCGUCGGGUUACUGGGAAAGCCGCCUACACUCCAGUUGAGGCCCUGCGUCUGGACAGCUGCAUGCAGAGCUACCGGACCAUCUCCCAGAGACUCACAGCCAUCUCCCGGGAGAGAGCCUCCAGGUGCCCCGAGGACUACCCCGCUCGGAUCGCCCUGGAGAAGGACCAACCUCACCGGCUCUGCAGAGACAGCUGGAGAGAACUCAGCAACAGGAUCAGUUCCACCCUCCCCAACGAGCUCGCCGACAGGGAGCCCCUUCUCACCAUUGAGGAAGAGGUUUGGACACCACAGAGACGUUGGCGGGUCAACAACACCGGCGGAGGCUUGGGACGCUCCGAAGAGACGAAACAGAGGGCGACCGAGAGGAUUCGGAACAUCAACGCCACAUGGACCAUCUACACAGACGGUUCCGCCAAAGAUGGGACUAGGGACGGAGGGUCAGCAAUGGUUGUUACGACAGGUGACCCCCUCGACCCUCAAACCAUCUUCUCCGAGACGAUUCGCGGCAGGAUGCUCACCUCCUCGUUUGACGAAGAGAAAGAGGCACUGGGAGCUGCAGAUAGGUGGUUGGAGGAUAACACCCCUAACAACAGUGACAAGGGCCUUAUUUGCACUGAUAGCCAAGCCCUGACAUCGGCCCUGGCAAACGACAGCAGAGAAGUGAGCAACAUCACUAGAAAACUUGACACGCUCAACCGCGAGAUCAUCAUUCAGUGGAUCCCUAGCCACGUGGGCAUUGUAGGGAACGAGAGGGCCGACGAUCUGGCCAAUGAAGCCUCUGGGUUGAAGGAGAGAGCAAAACCAACCACCUACAAGAGCGCCGUAGCCACCAUCAAACGUACGAUUAAAGACCCAAGCCCCUCUCACGUCAGAAAAGCUCAAGUCUACCAAAAGCUGUCAAGAGAACGUGACGAAAAGACCCUUCUGUCGAGAAGAGACGCAGUCAUGCUAGCCAGGCUACGCUCUGGACACAGCAUGCUCUUGGCCGGGUAUAGGACCCUGAUGAACCCCGCCGAGAGCCCCUCCUGUCCCAGAUGCGAGGAGGACAACGAAACAGUGGAACACUGGCUCCUCGAUUGUCCGGGGACGCUAGCGACCAGACAAGAAAUUUUCGGACGUACGAAGGUGGAAUUGUCAAUUCUCACCGAGGACCCAGAAGGUGUGGUCGCGCUGGCGAAGCGGACCCUUGGGAGAACUUCGGCGCACCCACAAUGA